GGCUCGUUUGCUUAAUCGCUUUUGUUUUUUGAAUACAAUUGAGAAGCUGAGAGUGUAAACCCUCACAAGUUUAUGAACUAAACCCUCUCUCUCUCCUGCAGCAUCGCUUCCACUCGAACUUCACACAGAGAAUGGAAGAGACGGGGAUGGAAAUCGAUGAGUCUACUCCUGCUGCUCCUCUUAAUUCGCAAUCAUUUAAGCGAUUAGGGAUAAAAAAUUCGAUUCAGACAAACUUCGGGGACGAUUACGUCUUCCAAAUCGAUCUCAGCCAGGAGAUUUCAACAAUGGCGGUAUCUUUGUCGACAAAUACGAUCAAGCUUUACUCCCCUGAGACAGGUCAAUAUCUUGGCGAGUGCAAGGGUCACUCUUCCACCAUCAACCAGAUUUCAUUCUCAGCUCCCUCAUCUCCUUGUGUCUUACACUCUUGCUCGUCUGAUGGCACUGUUAGAGCUUGGGACACUCGAUCCUUCAAGCAGGUCUCCUUAUUAAGUGCUGGUUCUUCUCAAGAAGUAUUCAGCUUUUCUUUUGGUGGAUCAAACGACAGUCUUCUUGCUUCCGGAUGUAAAUCUCAGAUACUCUUUUGGGAUUGGAGGAAUGGAAAGCAAGUGGCAUGCUUGGAGGAGUCCCAUGUGGAUGAUGUUACUCAGGUCCAUUUUGUCCCAGAUCAUAAAAGCAAGCUUAUUUCUGCUUCCGUUGAUGGGUUGAUGUGCAUAUUUAAUACUGAUGGAGAUAUCAAUGAUGAUGACCAUUUGGAAGCAGUGAUGAAUGUUAGUACUUCCAUUGGAAAAGUGGGGUUCUUUGGAGAGAUGAAUCAAAAGCUUUGGUGUUUGACACACAUUGAAACUUUGAGUGUUUGGGACUGGAGAAAUGGGGACGUUGAAGCCAACUUUGAGAAUGCUCGUUCAUUAGCCUCUGACAACUGGACAAUGGACCAUGUUGAUUAUUUUGUUGAUUGCCACUAUUCAGCAGCCAAUGAUACUUUAUGGGUAAUCGGUGGCACAAAUGUUGGCACUUUGGGCUACUUUCCUGUAAGUUACGGAGGACAGAAAUCACUUGGCUCUCCAGAAGCUAUUCUUGAAGGUGGACAUGCAGGAAUUGUGAGGACUGUCUUGCCGAUGUCAGACAGGUAUGGUGGCUCAGCCUUUGGUCAAGGUAUGUUUGGAUGGACUGGUGGUGAGGACGGUCGUUUGUGCUGCUGGCUGUCGGAUGAAUCUUCUGAAAUAAAUCGUUCCUGGAUUUCAAGUGCACUAGUUAUGAAGCCCUCAAAAACUCAUAAGAACAGGCAUCGUCCUUACUAGCAGACUAUUCUCAAUUUGGCUUGGAGCCAUUUUUGUUUUAAAGGGUCUCUAUAAAUUGUUGUACUGUUGUAAUUUCAGUAAAUCUUUUAUUUUAUUUUU